CGCGAAAUUCCGCGGAGCUGAUCGGAUUGAGCAGGAAAAAAAGGCGGAACGGAAGGGGACAAAGGAGGUGGGCCCAAUUGACAAUCAGUUCAUCCGGAAUCAAUUGGUCGCCAUCCGGAAGCGCCGGGGCAUACACAUAGAAAAGAAAGAGUCUUUGGCCGAGAUGGAAAUGCAAAAGGAGGGAUGGGGUCGGGGGGAUAUAACAUCAUCAUAAUCGAUAUUGACGUUAGUUUUAAAGGCCUCCGCAAGAGCGGAGGAGAAUGGUUGACUGGGCCGGAAUUAUUUAUCCGCUUUCUCUUUCUUUUUCCUCCUUUGCUGGCUAGAGAAAAUGGCACUUGAUUAUCGAUCGACCUGAUCCCGUGCUCACACUACACUAGACACACAAGCAGAAGGAGGAGUGGGGUGGGUGGAGGGGGGGGGGUUAGCAGGGUGGGGUUGCUUUUUCUCUUGGGGGUAUCAGGGAGGCUUUAAAGCUCGUUGGGCCAGCGUUGCCUUUUAACAAUGACGUAUGCGCCAGUGAGUGGGUCCUCCCCAGUAUGUGAACCCAUCGGCGCCGGCGCCGUGUUUAUCCUCCCAGCACAGAGAAGGAGGAGGAAUAAGGAGAAGGAGAAAAAAGGGGAUUGUCAUUUCCCUUAUUCCGACUUGAUGUUCAACACACACGGACACACGGAACACUGACGAACAGUUCACGUUCCAGCGUCUCUCCUCGAUCCUUUUUUUUGUUUGAAAAUUAAAAUAACAAAAAGAGAAAAGAAAAGAAAUUUGCGCCAAAGUCUCGAAAAUUCCCAGUGAUUUUGCAUUCGCCCAGUUGUGUCAGUUAGUGUAGAGUGCGUGUGUGUGUGUGUGUGCGUGGGCGGUUCAAAAUAAUGCCCGUCUAGAAGGAAGAAGAAGGAAAUCAAGAAGAAACAACUGGGAGGAUCUCUCUCUCCCUUUUUUUUUUGUUUUCGUUUUGGUUUUGUUAUCCGAUCAAAACCAAACGUCAACAUCUUAAUACAUUUCAACAAUCUCUAUUUCCAAAACAUAAAAGAUGGUCACGGAAAACAGUUCAUCCGGUGCCGGAAUGUCGGACGCCAAGGCCGGUUUCCUACGCUCGGCACGCGACGGCCACCUGGACAAGGUUCUCGACCAUUUGAAGAACAACACCGACAUCAACACAAGCAACGCGAAUGGAUUGAAUGCCCUACAUCUGGCUUCCAAGGAAGGCCACGUUGACGUCGUGACGGAGCUGUUGAAACGCGGCGCCGCCGUCGAUUCGGCCACCAAGAAAGGCAACACUGCCCUGCACAUCGCAUCGCUCGCCGGACAGGAGGAAGUGGUCAAGAUCCUGGUGCUCCAGGGCGCUUCCGUCAACGUCCAGUCGCAGAAUGGAUUCACUCCGCUCUACAUGGCGGCCCAGGAGAACCACGACGGAGUCGUCCGCUUCUUGCUGGCCAACGGCGCCAACCAGAGUCUGGCCACAGAGGACGGAUUCACUCCGCUCGCCGUGGCUCUGCAGCAGGGACACGACAAGGUCGUGUCCGUCCUCCUGGAAAACGACACGAGAGGCAAAGUUCGACUGCCAGCCCUGCACAUUGCCGCUAAGAAAGACGAUUGCAAAGCCGCCGCUCUUCUUCUCCAGAGCGAUCACAACCCUGACGUGACGUCCAAAAGUGGAUUCACCCCACUGCACAUUGCGGCCCACUACGGAAAUGAGAAUAUCGCCAGUUUACUGGUCCAAAAGGGCGCCGACGUCAACUUCCUGGCCAAGCAUCACAUCACUCCGCUUCACGUGGCGGCCAAAUGGGGUAAAGCCAAUAUGGCGGCUUUGCUGCUGGAUCGGCACGCUCAGCUGGAGGCUAAGACUCGCGACGGACUGACGCCGCUCCACUGCGCCGCCCGUUCCGGCCACGAGACGGUGGUCGACCUGCUCCUGGAACGCGGGGCCCCCAUCUCGAGCAAGACCAAGAACGGCCUGGCUCCGCUGCACAUGGCGGCCCAGGGCGAUCACGUCGACGCCGGACGGAUCCUCCUCCAUCACAAGGCUCCUGUCGACGAAGUCACCGUCGACUAUCUGACGGCCCUCCAUGUCGCCGCCCACUGCGGCCACGUCCGCGUCGCCAAACUGCUGCUGGACCGCAAGGCCGACCCCAACUCGAGGGCCCUCAACGGCUUCACUCCGCUCCACAUCGCCUGCAAGAAGAACCGCAUCAAAGUCAUCGAGCUCCUCCUCAAACAUGGCGCUUCCAUCGAAGCCACGACGGAGUCGGGAUUGACUCCGCUUCACGUGGCCAGCUUUAUGGGCUGCAUGAACAUUGUCAUCUACCUACUCCAGCACGGCGCCAACGCCAAUGCGCCCACGAUGCGCGGAGAGGCGCCACUCCAUUUGGCGGCCAGGGCCAAUCAGACGGACAUUGUCCGCAUCCUGCUCCGCAAUAACGCCCAAGUCGACGCCCGGGCAAGGGAGCAGCAAACUCCGUUGCACAUUGCGUCGAGGCUGGGCAACGUGGACAUUGUCAUGCUAUUGCUCCAGCACAGCGCCGACCUGGACGCCGUCACCAAAGACAUGUACACGCCGCUGCACAUUGCGGCAAAGGAGGGCCAGGAUGAAGUGGCGGCCGUCCUGCUGGAGCACGGCGCCAACAACACGGCGGCCACCAAGCGCGGCUUCACACCUCUGCACUUGGCCGCCAAGUACGGCAACAUCAAAGUGGCCCGGCUGCUCAUCCAGAAGGAUGCUCCGGUCGACGCCCAGGGCAAGAAUGGCGUGACACCACUGCACGUGGCCAGUCACUACGAUCACCAGAGCGUGGCUCUGCUCCUGCUGGACAAAGGUGCCUCGCCUCACGCCGCCGCCAAGAAUGGAUACACUCCGCUGCACAUCGCCGCAAAGAAGAACCAAAUGGACAUUGCAACGACACUGCUGGAGUAUGGCGCCCAGACGAACGCCGAGUCCAAGGCCGGUUUCACGCCGCUCCACCUCAGCGCCCAGGAGGGACACACGGACAUGUCGACGCUCCUGAUGGAACACCAAGCCGAGCCCAACUACGAGGCCAAGAACGGACUGACGCCGUUGCAUCUCUGUGCCCAGGAGGACCGCGUCAACGUGGCCGCCAUAUUGGUCAAGAACAAUGCGGAAAUCAACGCCCAGACGAAGAGCGGCUACACCCCACUGCACGUGGCUUGCCAUUUUGGCCAGAUGAACAUGGUCCGCUUCCUGCUUGGCCACCAGAGCCAGAUUGACGCCGUCACGAGCCAAGGCUACACGCCAAUGCACCAGGCUGCCCAGCAAGGCCACCCCAUGAUUGUCAAUCUCCUGCUGGAGAGCGGAGCCACGCCGAAUGCAGUCACCAGUCAGGGGCAGACGGCCCUGUCGAUCGCUCAGAAGCUGGGCUACAUCACGGUCAUCGAGACGCUGAAGGUGGUGACGGAGACGACGAUUACGACAACGACGACGACCAUCAUCGAGGAGAAGUACCGGGUCCAGGCGCCGGAGACGAUGCAGGAGACGUUCAUGUCCGACUCGGAGGACGAAGGAGGCGAGGACGGCGUCCUGGGAGACCAUUCGUACCGAUACCUGACGGUCGACGAGAUGAAAUCACUGGGCGACGACUCGAUGCCCAUGGACGGAAUGGGCGACGAGCGCCGAAAUUCUGGCGUUGAGGAAUCCAUUCUGGCGGCCAAAGAAGGAUACGCCCAGUUCAGCGGUAAUUACGCACCGGAUAACGUCGAUCUGGCGCGCCAGCCCGUCAGCAUCGGCAAUCCCAGCGUGCUAGACGACUCCCUGUGGUCAUUGGCAUCCAAGGGUACGGGAAUGUGGCGUUCCAGGUUCUUGGUCAGUUUUAUGGUGGACGCUCGCGGCGGGGCAAUGCGCGGAUGUCGACACAGUGGCGUCCGUGUCAUCAUCCCGCCCCGCAAGGCCGCCUGCCCCAUGCGGAUCACCUGUCGCUACCUGAAGAAGGACAAACUGGUACAUCCUCCGCCGCUGAUGGAAGGCGAGGCUUUGGCCAGCCGCAUCUUGGAAUUGGGACCUUCGGCCGCCAAAUUUCUUGGGCCGGUUAUUAUCGAAGUUCCACAUUUCGCUGCUCUGCGCGGUAAGGAGCGCGAGAUCAUCGUCUUGCGAAGCGACAACGGCGAAACGUGGAGGGAACACACGCUGGAGGCGACGGAAGAAGCCGUCCAAGAAGUUCUCAACGAGAGUUUCGACGGAGAAGAUAUGGGUCAGCUGGAGGACAUGAACACGCACCGGAUCACCCGCAUUUUGACGACGGAUUUCCCGCAGUACUUUGCCAUCGUGUCCCGCGUUCGCCAGGAGGUUCACGCCAUCGGUCCCGACGGUGGCAUGGUCUCGUCCUCUGUGGUGCCCCAAGUGCAGGCCGUCUUCCCGCCUGGCGCCCUCACCAAGAAGAUCAAAGUGGGACUACAGGCUCAACCGAUUCAACCGGAACUGGUGGUGAAAUUGUUGGGCAACCGGGUGGCCGUCUCGCCCAUCGUCACGGUGGAGCCCCGCAGGAGGAAGUUCCAUAGGCCCAUCACUUUGACGAUCCCAGUACCGCAGGCAGCCGCCCGCGGAAUGAUCAACCAAUACAGCGGUGACACUCCCACAUUGCGGCUCCUCUGCAGCAUCACAGGGAAUGCCGCUGACGUAUCGACAGGCGGAACUUCACGAGCGCAGUGGGAAGAUGUGACCGGCUCGACCCCGCUGACCUUUGUCAACGAUUGCGUCUCAUUCACCACCACCGUUUCGGCCCGUUUCUGGCUCAUGGACUGCCGCAACGUAGCGGAAGCCGCCAAAAUGGCCACUGACCUCUACCGAGAGGCUAUCAACGUUCCCUUUAUGGCCAAAUUCGUCGUCUUCGCCAAGCGGCACGAACCGCAAGAGGCCCGGCUGAGGGUCUUCUGUAUGACGGACGACAAGGAGGAGAAGACGCUGGAGCAGCAGGAACACUUUGUCGAAGUGGCCAAGAGCCGAGACGUGGAAGUCUUGGAGACCAAGUCGCAAUAUCUGGAAUUCGCCGGCAAUUUGGUGCCCAUCACCAAGUCUGGCGAGCAGCUGGCCUUGACCUUCCGAGCUUUCCGCGAGAACCGACUGCCUUUCACCGUCCGAGUCAAGGAUAAUCACGCCGACCCUAUUGGGCGUAUUGCCUUCAUGCGAGAAGCCAGGGCCGGAAGAGGUGAGCCACCGCAGACGCCGAUCUGCAACUUGAACAUUGUAUUGCCCAGCACAGUGACGCCCGAAACAGCCCGUUCAGAGCCGGACUUGCUGGCGCUGCAGAAAAAAUACGGCUUCCUUCAUGAUGUGGGACUCGUCUACGCCACUAACCGGCCCGAAGCCAUUCACAAAGCGGAUUUGCGCUUGUCGGAUAUUUGUAACCUGCUCGGCCGAGACUGGAUCCCAUUGGCCCAGUGCCUGGAAAUUCCCGAUUCUGAUUUGAACCUGAUCGACAACGAGUACCCGGACAACACCACCCAACAGGCCAUGGUGAUGCUCAAAUUGUGGAUGGCCCAGUCACAAAAUAAAGUCACCGGCAACGCCUUAGAGAAAGCGCUGAGAAAAAUCGGGCGUGACGACAUCGUCAAUCGGUGCAUUUACAACGUGGAAUUAGUGACGGACGACUUGGAGAAAGCCGUGGCCAAAACCCAGCUGGAUCAAUCCGGUUUCGACAAUUUGCGAGACGAAUUGGGCGCCGACAGUACAAGGAACACUCUCCAGCGUGACACCAGCCUCGACGUCAGCUUCGACGAACAGGAUCUGAUGAAGGAUUCCGAAUCGAUCGACGAAAUUCCCGAGAAACGCGAAGAGGAGGAACAGUUGAAUUUGCAGGAAGUGUCGGAAGUCAUCUCACAAGAGAUCAAGACGGACAUUCCGCAGAAGGAAGCUUACGACGCCGAACCCGUCUCCCAGCGAAUCAUUCUCCACGAAGAGAAAGGCAUUUGCGAUUCGCGAGAAGCCGAAAAAGACAUCGAGAUUCCUCAGCCAGUGCACGAGCUGGAAUCCGGAGACAUUUAUCAAGAGGAAACCGAACCGUGGGGCACGCGCCAAUCGACCGUGGAGGAGCGGGUGAUCGAUCGCUACGUCAUCGACACUCACCCGACGCCCAUGUUUGAUCCGCUGGCGGAAGACAUCCCAGUGGAGCAACUGCCGACUAACGAGGAAGAGGAAGAAGGGGAUGAAGUGGUCGAGGAACCGGUCGUCGUGGCAGCUUCGGCGCCCAAACCCCGUCAACAGCAGCCCAUCGACGACGAGCCGGAAGUCUUGCACUCGUCAUCGUCUUCGUUCGCCGCCGAGGAACCAGUCAGUUGCGUGGCACCUGCACCGGUCGAGCGUGUUGCGGCCGUUGAACAACCGCGAACAUAUGAGCCAGAACAGGAAUCUGAGGAAGAGCAAGAGGAAGUUGAGGAGGAGCCAGCGGUCAUGGCCACUUCGACGCCAGCCCGUCAACAGCAACGCGUCUUUGACGAACCGGAAGCCUUGAAUGCUUCCUUCUGGAAUCCUCCCGACGAACCCGUCACCUGCGAUGACCAGUUUCUCGAACAGGAAUUCACAGCCGCCCUACAAGGAGAUGAGAUUGACGAUGUCAACAAAUUCUCGCCGGAACUGCUCAGUCGAUCGCUGGAACAACCAAAAUCGAACAAUGAUGCCAAAGUGCGGAUGUCCACCUCCAAGACGCCACCUUCAAGUCCGUUUGAAGCAAUCGAAGCCUUCACACAAUCCCAGAUGUACACAUCACAACCAGAAGCCGUUCCAGCGCAGGUGGCUUUAGCCCAGUCAGAGACAUUACGCUCGGAGGAUCUUGACACCUCGGCCACUUCUCACGUAGACGUCCAGGAAGAACACUGGACCGAAGAAGUGGAAGCCAAUGAACCAGCAGCGGUAUCAGAUGCCAGACUAACCUCGGCAGGUAAUACAGCCGCAUCCGCCCACCAGUCAUUGGUCACUAAUCCACCCAUACCUGAAUCCCAAUCACCUGAAACAGCUGAUACCUCCACAAAUCUUCCAACCUCACGCAUUCCGGUGCUGUCCAAACGACAAAAUCUGUCACGUUCUGUUUCAGAACAGCCACAGACAUCCGCCAGUAAGAUGCCAGUCCCAACUCCACGAGUUGGCAGAAUGAUUCCAGGUUACUUCUCCAGCGCCGAUCACCCAUCGUCAACUGAUGUCAACGCCGGAUCAUCCGCCGAAUCCAUCCCUACUUCCAUUCAGGAGAACGUCGAGAGCUACUCUGUCCGAAAACAGUUUUGGGAAGAAGUAGCAUCAGGAACUUCGUCCACAUCGUCGUCAUCAUCAACCAGAACGAGACAAACCAAAUCGGAAAGGAGUAGCCUCAUUGUGACGGACGAAUCUUUCGGCCCAGUCGGACAGCGAGAGACUAAAUCGGAGCGCUCCAGCGCUGUUUUGUCCGAAGAGGAUAUCUACGAAGUCGGCCGUUACACCAUCACCAAAGUGUCCACUUCAGAGACUGUCAUCGACACCACCCACGAAUCGGUGGGAGCUGCUGGCCAAGAAAUAAUCGAAGAGCUGCAACUCGUUCAGCAUCCCAUUGAUCAGUCGAGUAGCAAAGUGGAAGAAAUUCAAACCGUCCGAACAGAAGAAACGACGGUGACUCGACUCAGCGGUAAGUUUGACAAUCCAAUCGUCUUGGAAGAAACCGUUACUGGUUCGUCACAUCGAGAGCGCAUUGGAAGAGAAGAGUACAUCUACAGCAGUGGCGAUGAGAGCGUCUCUUUGCGCGCUGAAGAUGUUGAAUCGCAAUCCGGCGUCGUUCUUCCUGGCGGCCGCCAAGUGGUGACGGAAGAAUUUGCCAAAUCUUCCAAAAUUGUUUACAAGGAUGGCCAACCGGUCUUUGUCGAAGAAUUCCAGUACGACCAGCGCCAACAGCCUGCGGAUUCACCUCCGCUUGAAUCGGCACCAACCGGCGGAUUUGAAGACUCUACUACAGCGGAAUCCACAACCGGAGACUGGACUACAGCCGACUCGGUUGAAGUUAAUGUGGAUUCGCAAGAACACGAAGUGCCAGAUAUUUCGAUUGUUCAUCAAGAGUCAUUCGGUGGUGGAGUGACAAGUAGUGGCGAAUCGCAAGAAGAAGGCGAAACAGUCGCCGGAAUGGCUUUUAUUAACACGGCCUUCAUUGGCGUUGAUCACAUCGACAUCGAUCAUGAACCAGCCGCCAUUGCUCGAUCUGUUAGCCCCUUUGAAGUAGCAAGAGGCGAAGCUUACGUUAUUGGAACGUAUGGUCCGGAUUUCGAUGCCCCAGUAGAACCGGAAGAGGAGGAAGAAGAAGAAGAGGCCUCGCCCCCUUCGUCACCACAAAGACGUUUGACCUUUGAAAUGCCACAAGAAGCGAUCGUGGCCGAAGAAGUUGACGAAUGUCCAGUAUCUAGUCAACCGCGCAGCCGGACAACUUCACUCGACUCGCAGGAUUUGGAAACUUACGGCAGUGAAGGAGAAGCGGAAGAAGAUGAACAAGAUCCAUCUCAAGUCAAAGAUAAAGUAUUAAGCUACGGACUCAGUUUCCAGGAAGAGGUCGAUCGGGAAUUGACUCCAGAAGAGGCCCUACAAAUGGCAGAGAAUUUGAUUGAAGAGAUUAAAGUAGAAGCUCCGAGAAGAGCUGAAAUGAUGAGCUCGACCACACCGGAUAAUGAAACCGGGGAAUCAGUCGAAGAAGAAACAGAAACAAUCCAAGAUGUUCCUCAAGAUGCUCCUCAAGACGCUGUUCCAGACGCUCCUCAAGCCGCUCCUCAAGACGCAACUCAAGACGCUCCUCAAUAUGCUUCGCAAGACGCUCCUCAAGACGUUCCGCAAGAUGUUCCCCAGUCAUUGAGUUUCAAAGAAGAAACCGAAGCCAAGAUAUCGGAAUAUAUCCGACAAGUAGAUAUUCGAGAAGAAGUUUCAACCGCCACUUCCAGUGUCGAGAAUGUGGUCGAAGAUACCAUCAACUGGUCACUCUCCGAAGUUCACGAAACAUCCAUCCAACACGAACAAUUCCGUGUGGAUAUUCAAGAAUCCUCCCGUACUGUUUUGCCCGAACUGGACAUUGCGUCUCAAGUCAGUCACGAACAAGAAUUAAUCAGCCCGGAGCAAGUAUACAGUCCUGAACGUGAAACAACAUCUACUACAUCCUCCGGAAGUAAGAUUGACUCUUCCGCUACUUUUUCUGAGAACAAAACCGUUUCGUACGAGGAAACGUCUACUACGUGGACAAGGAAAGAAGAGGAAACGAUUUAUUUCUCAGCUGUGGAGACGAGCGGACAACGUCCCAGCCGCCCAACCUCGUCUGAUGUAGAUGCGCUCAUCAGCGCCGGAGCUACAACGGCCUGUUCUUCCGAGUACGAAACGGCGUUCUCCUCAUCUUCACGAUCCGUCAAUUCUAGCGAUUUCCAUUCCGCCGUCAGUUCAGUUAGUUCACGGGAAUCGAUGAAGUCACUAGACUCUACGGCCGGUGUGGCCUCUGAGAACUCUGAGACACUAAUGGCCUCUGCUUUGGAACAAGACACAACCGAUCGCGAUCUCACUCCUACCGAUGUUUCGCUGGAUUUGAAUCAAAUGGAUGCUCAAUUUAAAUUAGCCAGCGAUCUUUCCAUCCCCACUGUCCAACAUGAAGAAGUUGGACAUGAAGAGGUUCAACAUGAAGAAGAACAACUAGACAGCAGACCCGAAAGUCCAUUUGAAAUGAUCAGUCCAGUAGAUGAAGGAAUGGUCGAACUAGAAGACGAAGACGACGACGAUCCUGCCGAAGACUUGAUUCCGCCCGUAAUGAAACGAUCGCAAGAAAUGACCUUCCACCCGGAACCGAAACCCUUGCGUGAAACUGGAAUCUCCCCACCCACUACACCGACUCCUUCGGAAGAAUCGCCGAGUUUGAAGUCCAGCCUGGAGGCCGAAAAAUUAUUAUUCGACUACGUCAUGUCAACCACUGAUGAAGCGGCUUAUUUGUCUACAUCUACGCUUUCUGACGGAACGUCGUCGACUGUGAUUGAAGCGGGCGGAAGGGCCGUCAAACAAGACACAGAUGAUCAGCUUUCUGACGAACCAGAAGUCGACCAGGAAGUACAAGAAGAUGAAGCGGCAGUGACAGCUUUAGACGCAUCCACUAUUACUAGUCGAUCGGGCAGUUUGGCAUCCGGAACGGAAGUGGAGGGGAUCGUCAGUCGUCAAGUAACCAUCACCUCAGCGACCGUGACACACGAUUCGACGCAAUCCAUCAAUACGCAAAUCACUACGCGCCGUGUUGUAGCGCAAGUAGAGCCGGAAGUGUUGGCACUGCCCGCUUCCAUGGUGCCCGAUAUUACCGUCCAGAACGCUAGUCCAGUCAUCGAUCGCCGAUUUAGUUAUCCGGAGAACGUUGCCGGUGCUGACCUGUCGGAAUUGGCCAAAGAAAUCAUCGAAGAAGUGCCUUCCGACGAGGAGCUGGAAGAAGAAGACGAAGGCUAUGGUGUGGAAUCAGCAGAGCCAGAACAGGUAGAGCACGAAGAGAAGAUUGAACAAUACGAAGGACAAGAAAAGCUUGAACAGUACGAACAAGAUGAAGAGCUUGAACAGUACGUCCAGGCAGAAGAAUUGGAACAGUACGUCCAGGCAGAAGAAUUGGAACAGUACGAGCAACAAGAAGAUCUUGAACAAUACGUCCAGGCGGAAGAACUGGAAGCACCAGAACUAGAAAACCAAGAAGAAUUUCAACAAGAACUACCUGAACUUCCUGAGCUUCCUGAGGAACCCGAAGAAACUGACUACCCGGAAGUGGAUGUAGAAGAACUAAUAUCGCCUCCGGCCUUGGUGGCUAGACGUAUCGAUCCGCCAUCCAUGGCUGGUUACAAUUACGAAAUGUCUUUUGAGAGAACUGAAGAUGAAGAGGAGGAAGCGGCCGCAGUUGAAGUUGAGGAUUCCAUCGAAGAUUUGGAGAAACAGAAACGUUGGAUGGAAAUGCAAUUCGAAGAGGCUGAAGAUGCAGCGCAAGGAAUUUUCCAGCCGAUUCCCAGCCGUGUUCAACCACUAGCCGACAUCGAAGAAGGCAAAGAAGAUGAAGAGAGUCUCAAUGGCUCUGAUCGUCUAGUCGGCCGGCUCAAGGAAUCACUGAGCAGCACUCCUGAAUUUGACGUGCUCAGUGGGCGGAGAUAUUUUACCCGCAGUGGUGACGUCGACGACCUAUCGGUUGAUUCUCUCCAAGAUUUCGAAAGACUCGAGUUGGAAUUGCACGCUGAAAAAUUGAGACGCCAGAGCAACGGUUCCGGUUCUCAAGAGUCACUCAACGGACGACGCAUCGGUAGCCGUAGUAGCGGCGGAGACAACAUAUCCGUGAAUUCGUUGACGGAAUUCGAACGAUUGGAACGCGAUAUGGCCGAGGCAGCUAAACUCGAAGAGCGUGCCAGACAACAAGAGGCCGCUCUACUCUCUGAAAUCGAAGAAGGUCACGAAAGUCAGACAUCCGAGUCGGAAAGCUGCGAAACGCUUUCCGGACAGCGGGAGGGCGACGACACGGAAGAAGAUGAUGACGACGAUUACGAGCAACGCAUGUUCGAAAUUGAUGAAAUCAUCCGUCAAGCGCAAACGAAUAUUGAGCAAUUUGAAACGGAACUAACGACCGAAGUCAAAGAAACCGUCCGCAGCUCCAGGAUGGAAUCGACCGGAAGUUUCAAUGAAACGACUCGUAGCAGCGUUGUCGACAUGAAGACGGAAUCGGUCGAUUCCGUUGACAGUAUCGAGCCGGAUUUUUUGGCCGGUGGUAGCACAAGCCAGCGCACUGCAGCCAUCUAUCGGUCUUGCAUCCGCACAGAAAUCAAAUACAGUUCCGAUGAUAUUCAACAGCCGGAUAGCUUGGCUGGAGGUCCUGACUCCCUGGAUGUUUUCGGUCCCAGCUCGGUGGAUUCGCUAGACUCAAAUGCACGAAGCCGAACAGGCCACGAAUCCGAUUCACUUCAAGCUAUGGUUGGUGCGGAAUCAUCAAGUGAUUCCGCACCAUCUUCAUCCAGAGAGGAUCUCCCGCGUGACUCGACAGUUCAACGUCCAACUGCCAUCUUUAGGCCUGCCACUUGUUCUUCUGACUCGCUUGAACAAACUCAGAGCAGUUCUCGAGCCACAGGCUUCGAUUCCGAUUCAAUCAUGUCCGGAAGUAUGACUAGUUCAAUGGGAUCUGCUGCAGCGAUUACAGUUCCCACGAGCGAGACAUUGACGACACCUUCCGGAGCUCCCGUCUACACGGAAACGACUCGCACAGUCGAAUUGAGUCCAGAAAUUCGCAAAGUUACAUUCCACGGCCCAGAUGUCGAUGAGCAAAUGAAAGAUUUCGUGAGUCAGUUCGCCCCCGGAGAAGACAUUCAAGAAGUCGAAGUGACCGAUCCAGUGACGGGCAACGUAUUUGUGACCCGUGUCACGCAACGUCGAGCUUUUGUGGACGCUGAAAAUUUGCCAGCGGGAGAAGAUAAUUUACCGUCCAGACAAGCGGUGGAGGAGUACAUCCGGACCCGAGGUCCGCAACUAGAAGAUGUUGACUCCUUCGAAGUCGAUGAUGGCUACGGCAACAUCCAGCGGGUCAUCCGCAAGCGUGCCGUUGUGGACAGCACCGUGACUGCCGUCAAUCCUACCACGCAUUCCCAUGCUUCCCCCUCACUGUCCCCGAACCACCCGACCGCAUUCCAAAGUACACCUGCCACAGAGCCAAUGGAGUCCACCCCUCUGCCGGAAAUGACCUCUAGCGGAGCAGCCCGUCAUGACGGUGUCCAACCUCAACUGCCCUCUGCUCCUCGCGACUCUAUCAGCAUCGACGACGAUGACGACGAUGAGGAAGCGAUGGAGGUCGACUCUCACGAGCACGACUGGCGUUUGGCCGAGUUCGCUCCUAAUACGACUCUUGGCCGGCAACAAGCCACCAAUUCCCAACUAACUACGGCUGAAGCUGAUGAUCAAACAGCAGCGUCCGCCGCCUGCCAGCAGUAUGACCCAACCUGUUCAGCUAUAAGCGAAAGCGAACCAUCUUUACCCUCUCAGCCCGAUUGGUCUGAUAGUGCUCAAGGUGGAAAUUAAAACGACAAAUUCGCUUGAUGAUCUUAAUACUGCGGAUGGAACGGGAAAACAUCACGAAGAGUGUUGAACCAACCAACAGUCAAUAGCCAUUCUUCUGUGGAAAAACCAAGAAAUAUUGAAUUGUCUCAGUAAUUCAAACAUUCAAAGGCUAUUCUCUUAAUCGUGCUUGUGUCAUAUUAUAGUCUGAAAAUUACGCAGUUAUUCUAUCACUACCACCUCUUGGCCCUCUCACAUCUCUACAACGCAUGUUUGAGAGUUUUUAAUUUGAAGCAAAAGGAAAUGUAAGACCGAACUCCAUCUUGUUGUGUUUUGAAAACUUUCCUCCCUAUAAAUCUCCCUAUAGGACUGUCAUCAACUGAGCUCCAACAACCUUUAUUUCAAUUCUACAGUUUCAAAUUUUGACAUUUAUUCCUACAGCUUUUUCCGUUUUACCUGCCAUCCUGCUCCGAUUUUAUUCAGUUGUAUACAAGCGAUAUACAUUUAUAUAAAAGGGAUAGAACGUAAGAGACUAAUAAACUCCCUACUUAGAGAGAGGACCUCGAAACAUAUGUUAACCGAAGAAAAGAAAUACUAUCGAACUCGAGUUCUUUUUUUAAAGACGAGUGUGAAAAUAAAAAGGAAGAAACGAGAAAGAUAAUAGCAGCUAAUAUUGUGUGUGAAACGUCCCUUUUUCCUGUGUUCGUGCUGAGAAACGUGGCUUUUUAUAUUGACUUUUCAAAUAAUGGCUUUUCAAUUAUUAUAGAAGCUUCUAACAAGUUUUAAUUUAUCACAGUCGUGUCUAUCUGCCCUCAUCCUUCUCUUUCUUCCUUCGACUCUUUUGUAGACCUUCUUUAAGCUUCUUGCAGACGAAAUAAAAAAUAAAGAUUUACAUACUUAUACCGAUACCACACCCACACAAAUCAGACGCGAAUUGAAUUAUACAUUGCUGUCAAUUGAUUUAAAAGAAAAAAAAACAAUAGGGUUAUUGUUAAUUGUAUUGCUCUUCAAAAUAUUACACCCUCUUUUAUCCUGUGUGGUUAUACAAUACAUUUUCUGUCCAACAA